GUUGCUGGUAGGAGGGAGUGAAAGGUUGCUGUAGCUGCGUGACCACAGUGUUACACUGCUUUGAAAGAGCAGAGGCAGAAAUACUGAAAACUUUACUUGGUGGAAGAGACCUUCUAGAAUUUUUUUUUGCAGUCUUGCCUAUGAGUAGAAAUAUGCAGUGUUGCUGUACUUGGAAAGCACGCCUUAAUGUGUUGUCACAAACUAGCAUUCCAGCUUGCUUGAAAACAUCAACAAAAUGCUUUCCAAGUACUACUUCUGUUUUAAUGAGAGAUCUGUAGAAUUCUGGAGGAAGAACUCCUUGAACCCACCUCUGGGAAUGAAACAAAGAUGUCUUGAGUAGCAGAAUAGUUUAUGAGCAGCGUGCUGGGACAUCCUCAGUGUCCAGAUUAUGGGACCUUUCCACCUUUCCAGCCCCCUUUUCACUUGGAGUUCUGCUCUGCCUAUGAAAAUUUUGGCUGCUGUGACCAGGAGAGAGACAACAGCAUUGCAGCGAAAUACUGGGACAUCAUGGAUAACACUGAUCCCCGGGGGCAUAAGCUGUGUGGAACAUAUAUCAAAGAUAUCCUGUGUCAGGAAUGUUCUCCAUAUGCUGCACAUCUCUUUGAUGCAGAAAACCCUCGGACACCUCUAAGAAGCCUCCCAGGGCUCUGCUUUGACUAUUGCUCUGAGUUUCAUUUCAACUGCCGCUCUGCCAUCCGCCUGCUGACGCGUGACAAGCAUGUCCAGGAAUACUGCGAGACAAACAGAACGCGCUUCUGCGACCUCCUCCGCCUGCAGGACGAGGACUACUGCUUCCCCAGCAUGCUGAGAAACACGGCCCUCAGCCACAACCUGGGCUCCGUGGUGGAGGACCAGUGUGGCUGUAUCCAACUCUGCCUGAGCGAGGUCGCCAAGAGCCUGCGGAACCCAGUGCUCAUGGCGCAUCCCAGCGACCGCUCCCACUGCCUGUUCGUGGCCGAGCAGGUGGGCAUUGUCUGGGUCUACCUGCCUGAUGGCAGCCAGCUGGAGGAACCCUUUCUGGAUAUUAAAAGUGUAGUCCUGGCCACACCGUGGCUAGGGGAUGAGAGGGGCUUUCUGGGGAUGGCUUUCCACCCCAGGUACAGGUACAAUGGGAAGUUUUACAUCUAUUACUCAUGCAUGGAUAAGAACUGAGUGGAAAAGAUCAGGAUCAGUGAAUUGAAGGUUUCGGCGUCUGAUGCCAACAAAGCCGAUCCACUCUCUGAAAGGAAUCUUUUGGAGCUUGAGGAACCAGCUGCAAAUCAUAACAGCGGGCAGCUGCUCUUUGGUGUGGAUGGCUAUAUGUAUCUAUUCACAGGGGAUGGAGGGAAAGCUGGAGACCCUUUUGGAAAAUUUGGGAAUGCCCAGAACAAGAGUACUUUGUUGGGGAAAGUUUUGAGGAUUGAUGUGGAUGGAAAAAGUCCUGAUGGAAAGCCUGACCGCAUCCCUCCUGAUAACCCGUUUGUGUCUGAUCCCAAGGCCCACCCCGAGGUUUAUGCUUAUGGAGUCAGGAACAUGUGGCGCUGAGCAGUUGACAGAGGAGACCCUGUCACAAAAAAGGGAAGAGGGAGGAUAUUCUGUGGGGAUGUCGGGCAGAACUGGUUUGAAGAAAUCGACCUCAUUGUUAAAGGAGGGAACUACAGCUGGAGAGCAAAGGAGGGAUUUGAAUGCUAUGACACAAAGCUUUGCCACAAUUCCUCUUUGGAUGACAUUCUCCCAAUAUUUGCGUAUGGCCGCAGUGUGGGGAAGUCAGUCACUGGAGGUUAUGUCUACAGAGGAUCUGAAUCGCCCAACUUGAAUGGCCUUUACAUUUUUGGUGAUUUCAUGAACGGUCGACUUAUGGCUUUACAGGAAGAUGAGAAGACAAAUAAGUGGAAGAAGCAGGAUAUCUGCAUUGGCAGCACAACAGCUUGUGCUUUCCCUGGAACGAUCAGGUCUUAUAGCAAGUUCAUCAUCUCAUUUGCUGAGGAUGAAGCAGGUGGGUAUCGUGUUGGCCAUACCUUCACUGGAAACUGUACUGUCAUUCUCUGUUGUAGAGAGAAGGUGUAAAAUUAUGUGGCUCCUCACAUGUUACUCCAGAGUAGGCAUUGCAAACAGGUUUGUGGCUGUCUCAGCACGGCAGGAAGGGU